AUGAAGAGCUUCGCUGACUAUGAAAUUAAAAUGUCCCAAAAGAUCCCUAUGAUGUGGAAGUAUGGUCUAUUAGAGUGCGGGAAAUACCGAGUAGGCUUCAGCGGAACCUGCGAAAAAGUCAUCUCCGGCGCGUUCUUGAAGAAGGAAAAGUCUAAAUCCUGGUCUAUCGAAAGCGCAACAUACAGAACUCCUUUCCGAGCCCAACCUCUAACAUGUAGGGCUGGAGAAUUAACUAUAAAAGAGCACCUACUACCUGGCGCGGAGGGAAGCAGUCGCAAGAGGUCAAUAGUUGUCGAGCCUCGAUACCGUGGGCAAGUUGGUUUUACCAUUGACCACAUUCCCCUCCACAAAAUCGAAGUCCGAGAUGCUGCUCCACGAAAUACCUCGAACGGCGCCGCUAUCGAGAUCUCUUGGCUCGAGCGCGCAGUUCCACAAGAUGAAUACAUGUUCUCACCCUUCAACCAACUUCGGUACCCCAGAAUACAUCAUUAUCACCUCGACAGCCAAAACCGUUUGCAUCACGCCACGAGGCAUACCCACCAGACACAACGACAAACGGGACCUAGGAGACUUCCAGAACGAACAAACAUUCCAGUGGAACAUGCACAGUCGAGAAUGGUUUGCACUUAUCAACCAAAUGGGUCGUAUUUUAUGCAGGAUGGGGUUGUUGGGGAACAUCGAUAUGAAGGGAGUUCGUGGACUUGCCCGUACAGUGAUACGGAUUCAUCGAGUGACAAGGUGGUUGUUAAGCAUUGGCUCACUUUAAAUCUUACCAAUUGCAUUGCCGAUCUUCAAGACUUCUACAGAUGGUUGUUCCAGAAGGACCCGGAUGAACUCUGUUUGGAGAACCAUAUUUAUUCUUCAUCCAACACCGCUGGCAAUCAAACAAACGAGCUACACGUCUUUGAAUCCGAACUUUUCUCUGAACGACGUGUAUUAGAAGUGCAAACUUGUGGUUAUGAGCAAAGAGUUAAGAUGUCCUUCGUAAACACCCUCAGCUCACUUGCCUACGAAACUAUCUCACCACGAAUUCAAGGAUAUAGAGUAAAAGACAUGCUUAGUCACCCUUAUGGUAGUAGACUAUUUGACGGCGACGUAGGAAAAGAUUGGCAGAAUCUUAGUUCGGGACUAUCGGAUUACGGAGUAGAUACCAUUCAGCGAUUCCCAAUUAUCGAUAUUUUCUGUCCUCAUUGGACUAAAAUCCCCGAAGAAAGAGCUCUGUGUAACUUUAUGGAAUUAACACUUCGACCAUCCGGACAGUCAAAAUCCAUCAUGCGACGAGAUCCUGAUCCGAUAUUUGUCAGAAAGAAUGGAAGGUUCAAGUUUUAUCAGGAUCCGUUUAGAAGGCUAUUCUUGUUAUGGGUUUACGGGGAGUCCGGGAACGGGUUUCUUUACUUUUGGAUCAAAAGUUUUCCUAGCCAGAUACUCAAGCUGAAUAACAAACUACGACUGUCAGUAAUGUAUGAACUAAACUCAGUAACAGGAGCACAUGCCGCCCCGACAAAUAUCAAAGAAGGAAUAGUUGACAUUUCAUUCGCCGACUCUUCAUCAUCUUUCCGUCGGUACUGCCAGGCUCGAAUCACAAGUGCUAUUACGGGAAGGUAUUAUGAGGGGUCUCUCAGUGGAGAAUCUAUGAGUACUCGGUCGAGUGUUUUUCUAGAAUCAGCAUGA